GACAGCUUGUCACUCAACUCGAUCAACUCACUUCUGCAAAAUUUAUCGAAAAUUUUAUUCUUACUUCUUCUCAGUUAUUUUCAACCAAAUCAAAAACUGGUUAAAUAUUGUGUUCGGUGUCCUUUUAUGAUCUAUUGACGCCAUGUGGAGUGAUUCUUUGUUAAUAGUUUUUAUUUCUAUAUGCACGGCAUUCUUAGGAGAAGGUCUAACAUGGAUCCUUGUUUAUCGUACUGAAAAAUAUCAGAAACUUAAGGUGGAAGUGGAGAGACAGAGUAAAAAAUUGGAGAAACGGAAGGAAGCACAUGGAGAUUCACUGGACAAGCAACACAAGAAGAAGAUUGAGCGUGAAGAGGAAAGAUUAAAGAACAACAACAGGGACUUGUCUUUAGUAAAAAUGAAGUCAAUGUUUGCUAUUGGAUUUGCCUUCACUGCUUUGCUUAGCAUGUUUAACAGUAUAUUUGAUGGAAGAGUAGUAGCUAAACUGCCAUUUUAUCCAAUUUCCUGGGUACAAGGACUUAGUCACAGGAACUUGCCAGGAGAUGAUUACACCGACUGCUCAUUCAUAUUCUUGUACAUUUUGUGUACCAUGAGCAUUAGGCAAAACAUUCAAAAGCUUCUUGGCUUUGCUCCGUCACGUGUGGCAUCAAAACAAGGAGGAGCUCUAUUUGGUGCCCCUUCUCCUGCUCAGUUCAAGUAAUGAUAUCAUAGUCAAGUUUAUUACUUGUUUUGUAAGUUAUUUAUUUCAAAUAAAGAAGUUAGUAAUUUU